UCGGGUCGUCGUUCGGACCCCUCGUUCGUUGACUUCCCUGCGGUCUACUGUAAAUUCAACUUUUGGCGUUCCGGUCAUCAUCGUCAAUUCGGCACUUUAUCUCCAAGACUUGUUGGAUAAGAUACCGAGAAAUACGGAGACACUGAUUUCUUCUGUGUGUACAUGUGAGAGGAAAGUUUUAAUUUCGUGGUUUGGGAGAUUUCGAACUGAGGGAAAGAUAAUUGGAGCUUCAAAAAUAUUGUCUGAGAUGUGACGAUGGGAUGCAUUCCCUCUGCUGUAGCCGUCAAAGAUAAAAGUAAAGUGUCACCGGCUCCAUCUCCAAACACUUUACGAGGGGACCUGAUAUCACGCGAUGAGGCCAGGCAACGAAGGAACAAAGGCGUUGCUGAGCACCAUGCCAAGGCCAACAAAGUUGCUCAGCAGACGAUUGCGUACAAUACCAUGGCAGAGAAGGAGCUGAUGUCCACCACCUCGACCGAGCGAUCCUACCGAUCAGGGCGGGCCUUCUUAAUUAGUGCAACGGCAAGCACCGUGGCUGAAAAUAACGGUAGCGAGCAAGGGUCAUCCUCCACCGUCAGUGAUGGAGCCAACCCGUUCAGAUCAGAGCAACAAGGAGCUGCAACCAGGAACAAAAAUGAUGGCAUCAUCGCAACCUCCACCAAACUUCCUUAUGCGGUCCCUGAAGAGGAGUCUCCACAUCAGCUGCAUGACCUCAGUGAUGCCAAAGGUCAUGAGGUCAAGCUGCAAAAUGGUGGUGUCAAAGGUCAAAGAAGUAGCCAGGACGUGAGUCUUGUCGAGGUCAGCAAGACCAGUGAUGACAGAACUCAGGAGUGUGAAAACAAUGGUGGAAAUAAUUCCCGCUCGAAGACAGACGUGAAUAUUGAUGAGCAUGAGGUCAAGGGUCAGGAGACUAUCCUGGUUUCCCAGACCAGCCAAAUUGAUGGGGAUGAAUUAGAAGUGGAGAAGCCGACAAGGACCGUACAGUUUGCAGCGGACGGAACUGAGGACAUGAUUGAGAUUGAGAGAGGAAAUGUUGAUGAAGAUGAAAGAACUAAAUCAACUGAAAACGGGUCGGUGGCGACUGCUGGCUGUCUGCCCGCUGGGUGACUUAGCGACAUUAGCAACAUUCAUGUUGUGAAAUAUGAACAUUCUUCCAACAUUGCUUUCUUUAUUUUAUUUAUGAUCUUCAGUUUACAUACUGUAUAUUUAUCAGAUGUUAGGCCAAAAAAAAAAAUACUCCGGUCUCUGGUCAGCGCACGCCUCGAUUUUAACCAUGCGCGUCAACCUU